CAAUUGAUCAAGAAUUAUUUGAAGUCGUCACAAAACAUAUGAUUCAUGGCCCAUAUGGCGUACUAAAUAUAAAUUCACCAUGCAUGAUUGAUGGCAAAAGCUCAAAGCGUUAUCCCAGAGCAUUGACUUCCGACACAAUAACAGGCAAUGAUGGAUACCCGUUGUAUCGACGACGGUCUACUGAAGAUAACGGUCAAUCAGUAAUGAUGAACAUUCGUCAUCAAGAAAUCAUCGUCGAUAAUCGCUGGGUUGUGCCAUAUUCACAACUUCUGUCUAAAAUAUUUCAGUCUCACAUUAACGUUGAGUAUUGUAAUUCCGUCAAGUCAAUCAAAUACAUUUGCAAGUAUGUGAAUAAAGGAAGUGAUAUGGCUGUCUUUGAAGUACCUGAUGCUGACAAUAGGAACGAUGAAAUUACCCGAUAUCAAAUGGGCCGAUACGUUAGCAGCAAUGAAGCAAUUUGGCGAAUAUUUGCGUUUCCAUUGCACGAAAGACAUCCUGUUGUUGUUCAUCUAGCGGUGCAUCUUGAAAAUGGUCAACGUGUUUAUUUUACUACUGAAAAUAUACAGCAGAGAGCAGCACAACCACUAGCGACUACUUUAACUGCUUUUUUUCGACUUUGUGAAACCGAUACAUUUGCCAGAAGUUUGCUAUAUACUGAUGUAUCUCAGUAUUACACAUGGAAUACAUCAUCAAAAGAAUUCCAACGACGUAAACAGGGUACAGCAGUUGAUGGUCACCCAGGUAUAUAUUCAACAGAUGCUUUGGGGAGAAUGUAUACGAUUCAUCCCAACAACGCGGAAUGUUUUUAUUUGCGAUUGCUAUUGAUGAACGUUCAAGGACCGAGAUCGUUCGAAUAUUUGAAAAUAGUUGACGGUCAUUUAUGUGAGACGUAUCGCGAGGCAUGUCACCUACUGCAUUUGUUGGAAAACGAUUCACAUUGGGAAUCGACGCUUCAAGAUGCAUGUGUUUCAUCUUUACCACAACAAAUAAGAAUGCUUUUCUCGAUUAUAAUAUCAACAUGCAUGCCGUCGAAUCCACUGGAAUUAUAGAACAAAUAUCAAGAUUACAUGACGGAAGAUAUUUUGAUUCGGAUGCGUCGUACGUCAAAUAAUCCAGAUUUGAUGAUUACCUUGGAAAUGUACAAUGAAGCAUUAAUAAUCAUUGAAGAUAUGUGUCUCAAAAUUGCGCAUAAAGCAUUACCACAGUUAUCUAUGAUUUCACCUGAUCGUCCGAUGCAUGAUUUGAUGGAUCAAGAAUUGCAACGUGAACAACAAUUCAAUUGUGACGAAUUGAUUGAAUUUGUGCAAUCAAAUAUUGACAAAUUAAAUGAUCAACAAAACUAUGUACAUCAAACAAUUUUGCAAGCUGUUUCUGUGGGAUGAGUGUACAAUUUAUGCGGAAAUCAACAGCUGUUUGGUGGUGCCUUGAUAUUGUUAUCAGGUGAUUUUCGACAAACAUUGUCAAUUUCUUCCUCGAUCAACUCCUGCCGAUGAAAGAAAUGCAUGCCUGAAAUCUUCUGCUCUCCGAAGAUUUGUGAAAAAAUUGACGUGGAAUAGCAAUAUGUGUGUCCUAUUAUAAGACGAUUCAUCUGAUAUCAGUUUUCGGAACAAUUGUUGGAUAUCGAAAAUGGAAAAAUGUAAAUCGACAAUACUAAUGGAAUGAUCACCUUGCCCGAAAAUUUUUGUACAAUUUUGCAAACAAAAGAAGAAUUAGUCGAAUGCGUUUUCCCAAAUAUCAUUCAGAAUCACAGAAGCCAUGAUUGGUUAGCAGAACGUUCAAUAUUGGCACCGAAGAAUAUGCACGUCAAUGCAAUGAACUUCCAAAUUCAAGAAAAAUAGCCAGGUGAAAUCAUAACUUAUAAAGCCAUUGACAGCGUUAUGGAUGAAGAUGAAGCUGUGAAUUAUCCAAUUGAAUUUCUGAAUUCAUUGGAACCACCUGGUACACCGCCACAUCUUUUGAAUUUAAAGGUUGGUUCACCAAUCAUAUUACUACGGAAUAUCAAUCCUCCAAAAAUGUGUAAUGGUACACGACUGGCAAUAAAGAAGCUAAUACCAAAUUUGAUUGAAGCAACUAUACUCAAUGGCAAAGCGAAAUGUGCUUAUACCACGUAUUCCAAUGAUUCCAACAGACAUGCCAUUCGAUUUCAAACGUCUGCAAUUUCCGGUGCGUUUAUCAUUUGCCAUGACUAUAAACAAAGGACAAACAUUUCAAAUAUGCGGAGUAAAUUUGGAAGAAUCGUGUUUUUCACAUGGACAAUUAUAUGUUGCAUGUUCGAGAGUCGGUACUGCACAUCGUUUAUUCAUUCAUGCACCGGACAGUAAAACUAAGAACGUUGUUUAUCAAAAUGUUUUAGAUUAGAACUCGAAUUUUUGAGAUUUACAAUUUAUUAUAUACGCUUAUGUAAAAAUAAGAGGAAACUGAAGAAUAAAUACUUUCAAUGUUUGAAGAGUA